UAAAAAGGCGAAGAUGAGUUAGUGCUAGUGUUAAGUGGGAAAUAUUAACUCUAAUAACGUGCUGGACCGGUAAUCUUUUCAAUUAGCACUUAUACGGUUCUAGAUGCCUGAUAAAAAUGAAAAAUCUCCAACCCCCGUGGUUGAAGUGUGCCCCGCAUGGCAAAACACCCUGCAACAAUUGAGGAUCGGCAGUGGCCGCCUACUACACGUAUGAAACGCACCAUCACCAACAUCCGUCUUGCGUCGUUACGCAGGCAGUUCCGUAGAGAUUUGAGAGAAUGGCCGAAUCGAACGUGGACACUGACCGUCAGUCUCCGGCAACACCCAAAAACUUUGAUAGAGUGAACCAGACGCCGAAAAAUAGUGCUAGUUAUCGCGACGCGGGUGCCGUUUUGCUUCAGAACGGCGACCUCGCCAAGAGGCGCGAGGAGUCGCCGUUCGUCUCCCGCGAUGACAAAUCCACCAGUAAAAUCACCAGCCCCAAGAAGUCACCCGCUAGGAACAACUUGGAACUGUUGCUGAACGAGAAGAACGCGAAGAAGAAGCUUAGGAUCAACUCCCUGUACGAAAACUCCGUAGAUUCCGAAUCCGAGACGCUCUUGAAGAAGAACCUCAUCAACAGCAAUAAGGAUGACGAGGAUAAGCCCGUGCUACACGUUCAAUUCGACAGCGACAACAAGAGCGACUCUUCAAUCGCUAAGGAGCCUUGUCCUUCACCCUCAAGUAUUUCAUCGUCUAGUAGCUCUUCGUCGUCCAGUAGCGAAUCGCUGGAGAUAUCGGAAGCCCGCCCGCCCGACGGGGGUUGGGGUUGGGUGGUAGUUUUAGCUUCGUUCGUAGUCAAUUUAAUCGCCGACGGUAUUACUUUUAGUUUUGGUGUAAUUUUCGUUGAAUUUCUCAAGUAUUUCGGUGAAAACCGCGGCACGACGGCAUGGAUAGGCGGGCUCUUCAUGGCCAUGCCGUUAUUGUCCGGUCCGAUAGCUAGCUUCCUCACGGAUAGGUACGGUUGUAGGAAGGUGACGAUAUUUGGUGCCAUCCUAGCUUCGGUGGGUUUCAUCAUCAGUUCCAGGGCAAAUUCCAUGACGGUGCUGUGCAUAACCUUCGGGAUAGUGGCCGGCUUUGGACUCAGCUUAUGUUACGUCGCCUCCGUAGUCAUCGUAGCGUAUUACUUCGACAAGAAACGAUCCUUCGCUACCGGGUUGGCUGUCUGUGGAAGCGGAAUUGGCACAUUCAUAUUCGCUCCUUUAAUCCAACUUCUCCUGGAUGAGUACGGAUGGAGAGGUACCACAUUGAUUCUAGCUGGUCUGUUUCUGAACCUCGUCGUAUGUGGUGCUCUGAUGAGGGACCUGCCCUGGACAUCGGAGAAACAGAAAUCCUUAGCUAAAGAAAGAAAGCGCACCAGGAAUAUGAAGCGUAAAAAUAAAGGUUCGUCUGCCGACUCAUUUUCAGUUAGCAACAGCACCAAUACCGCUAGCGUGCUCCAACCUAUCAUGGAGUCGCAUAAAGAAGACGAAACCGAAGAACUAUCGGAUAGAUUAUGUAGCUCUUUAGUUAACCUUCCAACGUAUCUGAAGAACGGGGAAAAGAUUCCGUUGGAAGUCUUAGAACUCCUCGCCACUCACAAGAACGUCUACAACAUGCUCUUGGUGAACUACCCGAGCUUAUUAGCACCAUCUAGGAGCUUCAGCGAUCCCAGUAAGCUUCACGAAAGCCACAUGUCCUCGAAGCACGCACAUACUCAGCUUCAGUUAUCGUCGCCUAACAAUGUGACUCCACAGAAUCCGCAAGAGGGCUACCUGUGGCUGAACAACAACCAACUGGAAACGUCAAGAGGCCACCACCAUAAAAAGGUUCCCCCGGCUUAUCUAAGAGACUUAAGGAUCCACCGGUUGUCUGUGACGUACAGAGGAGCCAUGCUCAACAUAAACAGGUACAGGCUGAGGGCCAGUUCGUGUCCCGACAUCUACAGGAACUCUAUGACGACCAUCGCUAAGGAGAAGGUGCAGUGGUACGCGGGCCUCUGGGACUUCUGGGACCUUCUGGUGGACAUGUUCGACUUCUCGCACUUUGCCGAUCCGAAAUUUUUCGUGUUUGCCGUGUCAAAUUUCCUGCUCUACACCUGGUACGACGUACCUUACGUCUACCUAACCGACUACGCCAUCAACAACGGGGUAACAAAAGACGCCGCUUCAAUCCUCAUCUCGAUUAUAGGAAUCAUCAACAUGAUUGGAGAGAUUAUACUGGGCUGGGCUGGUGACAGGGCCUGGGCCAACGCCAGUGUCAUCUACGCAGCCUGCAUGGGUCUAUGCGGAGGCAUCAUAGCUCUUGUCCCCCUCAUCACGGACUACAAGCUACUCAGCGCAGUAUCUGGAGCUUUUGGCUUCUUCAUCGCGGCCAAUUACUCUCUCACCUGCAUCAUCCUGGUGGAGUUGAUCACCUUGGACAGAUUCACGAAUGCCUAUGGACUUCUUCUACUUGUACAGGGUCUCGCCAACCUCAUCGGACCGCCUCUUGGAGGUUGGCUAUACGAUAUUACUGGCACCUACGAUCUCCCGUUCUACUUAGCAGGUCUAUUCAUAGCGAUAUCAGGUUUGAUGUUGAUCGUCUUACCAUUAGCAAAGCGUUACAAGCGUUUCGUACAGCGUCAAGCAUCAUCCGAAGCGCCCAUCGAGGAAGACUCUCCGAAAGAACCAAAACUGAACAGCUACUUCGAUCCCAUUAAAGUAAAUGAUGAAGAUCCGGAAGUAGACAAUUCUAGUCGUAUUUAAAUACAAUGAGUAAGAAUGUAUCGCCCCAAAUAAACUUCCACAAGUGAACUUAAAUAAAAGUAGUAUUUUGUAGUACUUUUUUAGAGUAGACAGUUUCUGAAACUUUUCUAUAUAUUAUUAUAUAGGUUGGUAGGUAUUUUGAGAAUUAGUUUGUUCUAAAGUUUGAAACAGUUCAAAGAUUCUGUAUACUAACAGUACGCUUAUCCAUACUGUUUCAGUAAUGAAAGAGCUGAUAUUUCUAGUAAAACGUAAUAAACAGUAUUUGUAAGCAAUUAAGGUUGCACCCUCCUUGUCACGAGUUAUUUACUUAUUAGUCAGUUCUAAGGAGUUCCGUAAUUGUUGGGUUUAAAUGUGUAGAAUAAGGAAAUCAUUAAAGAGAAGGACAUAUUGAGCUGCUUGCUUAAUUCUAAACACAAUUAGAUUUUUAUUGAAUCUCAGGUUUCGAAAAUUAGAUCUGUAUAUAUUUAGACAUUUCCUGGUCGAAAAUCUUCUGUUCGCAAAGAUAUACAUAACCCAGCAGCGUUUGUGGGUAUGUUGUUCAUUCUAAAUAUCACACGCAUAUAAUUCUGUUAGAUCAAUUCUUUUCUCCUAGUAAUUAUAAUAGAGUAGAUUCCGCAACGCGUUGUCCAAUUUUUCAUAUAAUUUUACUAUCGUUUCUAUUAUUUUUGAAGUAAUUUUUCUUCAUGCAUAUUAUUUUUCUAAGACAAUUUUAACUAUCCGCGUUUACUGUCUGAUAUGUAUGGAUCGUUGGUUUGCCAAAAUAAAUAGAAUAUAAAUGUUACUGCUACCGGUAUUCAAAUAUAUCUUGAUAUUUAAUAUAUAAUAUAAUAUCUCUACUCCUCAUUCUAACCACGAGAAUUAGCCCAGAAGUCGAAGACUUGUGCGGGAGAGGAGGCGGCAUAUUAUUAUUAUUAAGCAGGCCGCAUUUGUGCCCAUUUAAUCAUAUUGAUUUUUGUAUUGCUUUUGUAAAUUUUGGCAGUGCAUGCAGAAUAUAUUUGAUAUGUUGGCAGACAAAAGAGAAUAUGCAGCAAAUUCCUUUACAAAAACUUAAAUCGUACUGAAUAACACGUUUUGAAUAGAAAAUUUGUUUUAAGGAAUAUUAAAAAGCAAUUUAUGGGAAAUUAAAUGAAUUACACACUUGUGAAUUGGUAAACUAAUCUUUGCAAAUUUCAUGAAAUUUUGUAGUUAUUUCAAUAUAUUUAUUUAUGGCAGCUUAAUUAAAAAAAUAUACACUUUGUGGUUCUAUUUAGAACAAGUCACAAUUUUUCUACUUUGAAUAUUUGUUAUAUACAGUGUGUUCCAAUUUAUGGGUGUAUAGGCCAUUAGCAUAAGUAACAACAAAUAAAUUAAGUUAAUAUGUUUGUGUAAGAGUGCAAACUGAACUUUUUGUAGCUAUAAAUCAGAAAAAAAUAACAAUCAUAUUACGGACAAAAAAAGUGCUAACACAAUUUUUCAACUAAAAAAAUCAUAUAGGCUCAAGAUUUACAAUUCUGAGUAAGUUAGAGUUUCUAAAUAUAAGUAAUCUUAGUUAAAAAAAAAAAAUUGAACUUAUUGCGUUUAUACGCUUAUAAAUGGAGACACCCUGUAUUCACUGCGUUUCAUUUUUCAUAAAGCCACUCAUAUAUUAGGUCAACCAAUAGAGCGAAUAAAGAGGCUGUUUUUACACUUAAAUAUUACAGCAAGUUUCAUGUAUUACAUUUUGAAAAAUAUUUAGUAAAUGAAAACCCAAGU